AUGAACCAUCACUCUUCCACCACCACUUCAAACAGUCUUCAUUCUCGGUCUCAUUCCUCUCCCUCUUCUUACAACACAAGUAACAUCUUUCAAGAUUACAACACCAUCACUUCAGCCAUCACUUCAAAUCUUUUCACCUUUAACCCAAACUCGAAUGCACCCAAUUCUCAUAAUUUCUUGGAGCAUUCCACUGCUCCACCUUCUCAUAUGAUUCAUGUCUUUCCCAUGAUUCAUGGAAAACAUUCCCUCAAAACGAUUUGUCGCUAUCAUUCCGAUUUGUACAUGAUUCGGAGAGCCAUGUUGGAUGAUUUUGUGUCCAUUCCAUCAACCACAACAAUAACGUCGAUGACGAAUAAUUAUUUCAAUAAUUUUUCGAAUACUACUACUACUAAUAAUAAUAAUAAUAAUAAUAACAAACAAGGGAACAAUAAUAGCAACAGUAACAAUAAUCAAACCAAUCACAUGACAGAAACAUUGAGUAGUGAAAUUUUGAGUGAACGAUAUUUACAUCUUCAUGUUCGAAAUAGUGAAUAUGAUGAUUCCGAAGAUGAAAAUCAUCAGCAUACGGGUGGUUCUCUCUCGAAAAAUUAUGAAUCAUCAUCUCCUGCUCUAUCUUCUCCCCUGUUGGGAAGAGGAAAUAAUUUUCAUUCGACCAUAAUGAAUUCAAACGAACAAGAUGGAAAUGGAUCCAAUACUCCUUCGAUUGAAGUGACAAAUACGGAAUCCACAUCGGUCGCUUCAACCUCUCUAUUAUUGGACAAUGUGAAAUAUUCUCGUGAACAAUUGGUUGAUUUUACAUCCAUGACGAUAUCCUUGACGAUUGAACAACGAGUGUUAUAUUGUAUUGAAUAUGGAUAUUUGGAGGAAUUGAAAUUUUUAUUAUGUCAAGCAGCCUCUUCUUCUUCACAACAACAACAACAACAGGGAGGAUUUAUGAUGACAUCAGGCACUUCGUCACUCUCUUCUUCAUUGUCUUCAUCGUCAUCGUCGUCACAAGGUCAUUUACAUAAUAGUCACAACAGCAGCAACAACAACAAUAAUCCAGAAUUAUUCCUGUCACCUGCCACGACAAAUAUGAGCACAACAACUUCACCUGCAUUCUUUGAUGUGAAUCAAAUAUUUCGAGACAAGUCAAAAAACGAUCGUUCCUUACUGCAUAUGGCCGCUCGAUAUGGUCACGCCAAUAUUAUUUCAUACUUGAUGGAUGAAUUACAUGCCAAUCCCAACCUUACUGAUAAAUCCGAUUCCACUCCAAUAUUUUUGGCAAGUGCUCAUGGACACACUGAAGCUUGUCACAUUCUUGCUUCGAAAGGAGCCUCUCUAAACAUUCGAGAUUUGUAUGAAAAUUUUCCAUUAAGUAUUGCAUUGAGUUGUGGUCAUUAUGAAACAGCACAAGCUCUAUUAUUAUUUGGAGCAGAUUUAAAUUUUAAAGGAAAAAGAGGAAAUACUGUCUUACAUGAAGCAUGUGAAGCCAAUGAUUGGCAACGUGUCGAUUUUAUUUUAAAUUCCAAUGGAGGAGGAUCAGGAGCUGUCAAUGUUGCCACAAAGAAUCGAUUUGAUGAAAAUUGUUUAUUCUCUGCACUUCCCUAUCCACCCUUGUUGUAUCGAUUGUGUGAACGAUUUUGUAGUCAAUCCACACCAGAAGAAUUUCAAAGAUGGAUUCGAUCGGAAGAUCAAUACGGAAAAACUCUCUUGCAUGUGUGCGCUCAAAAUUUAUAUUUUGUUUCAUUUUGCAUUUUGGUGAAUUAUAUUCAACCGGAUCGAUUAGCAUCCUUUUUGAGUUGUAAGGAUCGAGUCAAGGGAAAUACCGUACUUCACACACUGGUGUCACAAAUUGGAAAUUCCUCUGUGACCAGUAUUGCUGGAAAUUACUUUAGUUCAGCUGCUGAACCACUCGUCCUUUCAGAAUAUUCGAGUCCACACACGAGUAAUAAUUCAACAUCACCCAAUCAUCAACACGUUCAUGGAUCACUGUCUCUACCUUCUCUUUCUCCAGCGAUUAUUAAUGGAAGUUUCUCUCCCAAUUCGAGCAGUAGUGGCAUCCAUUCAGCAAAUUCCACACCACUCCUUUUUUCACAACAACAACAACAACUUCUCUCAAAUUCUCAUUCUCCUCUUCAAAUUAAUUCCUCAACAAAUACUUCGGCUUUUAUCACAACUUCGAAUAGCUCAUUGGAUAUGGUAUCUACGGAUUCAACAUGGUCGACACAUCAUCACCACUUGUUAAAUAAUCACACCAUGAUGUCCACCAAUGCGCCAUUACAACACACAGAAUUUGGAGAUUCUGAAAUAUUUUCAAACAUGUCAUUGAAUAGCAGUAGCAGCAGCAGCAGUAUGGGUUCCAAUAAUUAUCAAACUCCCUUCUCUCCUCACAAAUGUUAUUUAUAUAAUCAUGAUGUUCAAGGAGAUGCUUUUUUAUGGGCCUUAAUUUCAUGUGGAGAGCUCACAGUCAGUACGAAUCAUUCAGGAGGAGGAAUCAAUCUCGUGGAUGAACAAAACAACGAUGGAGACACGGCAUUGCAUUUAUGUUUAAAAGCUCAAAAUAUUUCAGUGGCUCAUUUGUUAAUUCAUGAAUUGGGAGCGAAUGUGAAAAUACAAAACAAACAACACAAAUCAGCAAAGAAAGUGGCAAAAGAAGCUGGAAUUUCACUUCAAGAAAUUAUUUCCAAUCCAAAUAUUAUGGAUUUAUUACAACAACAUCAUUCCAAAGAAUCUCAUCAAAAUAGUCAUCAUCAUUCGAAUCAGUCAUCCAAUUCAAAUAUUACUUCCAAUUCAUCGAGCAGUAGUGGAGGAACCAGUACAUCGAAUCGAUUGACAGGUCUUUUCAAAAAGAUUACCAAAUCCUCAUCGAUUGAUACCAAUAGUAGUAAUAGUGGUAGUAGCAGUGGUAAUAAUCAUCAUUCAAAAUCUUCGAAAAAGACUUCGAGUGAAGAUUUUAGUGUCAACCAUAAUAGCAACACGAGUUCAUCAAGUGGUUUCAUGAAUACGACACCAUUAUCGAUUCAUCUACCUCCUAUGAGACCUACGAGUCCUAAUCAACAACAACAAUUAUCAUCUCAACAACAACAAAAUGGAAUAAUUUCAAGUUCGACCAUUUUACCGAGAGAACAAUUGGUGGCAUGGACCAAUCACACUGCUUUUAAUUUGGGAAUUGUGGAUUCUUGUUAUAUGAGAAUUUUUGACAAAAUUAAUUCAUUGGCCAAAUCGAUCUUUCGUGCUGCUCACAGUAAAUCGAAAUCGUCUUCAGCAUCGAUUGUGGAUUGGAAUAUUGGAAUUUAUAUUUUUGAAGAGAGCAUUGAAGCAUUGGAAGAAUCUUUUGAAUAUGAAAGAAGAUUGUUUUUGGAAUGUGGCAUGAAAAGAGAAUUAGUGGAAGAGCAUGUGAAAGAUCAUGAAUGUAUUUUACAAUGCUUGUUUGAUUUAUUGGAUGAAUACAAGCAACAUGGAACCGAAUCCAUAUUGGAAGAGUUUUUGUUCUACAUGAUUUCACAUGUGUCACAGCACUAUUUGUGCAUGGACAGAAUUUUGGCGAUGGAAGUGAAAGCAUUCCGAGUGGCUCCACUUCCAGAAGAGAAUGAAUUGAUGUUGGAAUAUAUUUAA